AUGGUAUGCCGCAGCUCACUCACGGCACCCGAGGCUGUCUUCCCAAUUCCGCUGACCUCACCCCUCCGCCAGGUCCUGUUUAAGCGCAAGCCGGUGCAGUUCCUGCCCGUGCCCGAGAUCGAAGAUGAAAACCAAGAGGUCUGGCAUAUCCCCCAGACCGGUGAGAUCUUCCUCUCGUAUGAGGACUACCUGGAUAGAAUGGACUUCUAUAAGCAGAAACGCUUUAUAUGCACCAUCACCGGUCACUCGGGCCUGACAUUCUUCGAUGCGCUAGAGAGCGAGCUUGCUGGCGCCGUCGAGGUAGAACAGGCUUUCCCCGAGGCCCUCAAGGGCCCCAUCCUCCGACGCGUCCAGUUCCAGACAGUGUCGCGCAUCGACACGCUGGUCGACCAGAUCUACGACGAGUUCAAAAACGACUACUACCCUGGCGAGGCCGUCACGGUGCACAUCCUGGGCGGGGAGAGGUUGCAAGGCGUAGUGAGGGAUAAGACGCGCUUCGGCAGCAAGGUCCUCCCUGAUGGCACUCUCACACCGCCCUUCUCGCGCUACUUUGUCAGCCUGGACGAGCGCCCGGAUGAGGAGGCCGUGGUAGACGACUCGCACAUCUUCCGGGACCGCAAAGUGUUUACCAAGGCGGUACUGCGCUCGUUCAUCAAAAAGACGGUGACCAGGGAAGCCUGGAAUGGCGCGCCGUGGCUGGUCAAGCAGGAUGUGGCCGAGAAGUACCAUAUUGACACUCGCAUCCCGCCUCAUCUGCGCUACGACAAUAAGCUCCUUGAACGGAAACAAAUGCAGCUCCAAAAGAAGGCGUCACAAUCCGACUUGACCCAGCAACCCUCGGGCUCCAUCAGCCCUACCGGGCUCAGGUUGCCGGAGCUGAAGCCUGCGCCCAAAAGCCACAAGUCCAAGGCGCAACAAGCCCUCCAGGCGCAGCAACAUGCGAUCAAGGGCAAAAAUAGCACCUUUGGGGGGCAUGAGCCUGGCUCGUUCGUGCACCUUCCGCUACCCGGCAACCCUUUCCAGUUUCCCGUGUCCUUGCGUGGCCAGGUGCCGCCGCCGAUCGUCAAGCCGCCCGAGCCAACACCUCCGCCGCCUCCUCCAAAGUAUCCCAUCGAAGACUUGCAGGUGGAGCCUCGGGGUCUUGUUCGACCCCAGCUCCGGUAUAUGUGCACUGACACGCCAGUCGAUGUGGCGCCCGACGCCAAGUCACCCUUCAGCGAGAAGAUCCUGAUGAAGUCGGUAGGCCCGCUGCUGGAGACGUGGGAUACACUGAACGUCUACUGUGAGAUCUUCAAGCUCGACUCGUUCACCUUCGACGACUAUGUAGAAGCCAUGCUGGUCGCGUCCGCCGAUACGCCUGUUCAGCUUUUUGACGAGAUCCACUGUGCAGUCCUCAAGAUCCUGGUCACCUCGGAGGCAGAGGGUGGUAAGGUUCAGAUUCAGCUGCCAGAACUGGAAGAGGAGGAGGAAGAGGCGGAAGAUGAGGUAGAGGAGGAGAGCAUGGUGCCGACGCCCGAACCAGAACCGCAACCUUCGGGCCGCGCCACUAGAAGGAGCUUGGCCAAGGCGGAAGCAGAGAGGCUCGCGGCAGAGGCGGCGGCGGCGGAGAAGGAGAUGCAGCAGACAGAGGAGGCGCCGAAGCACCGCGCCGAGGAACUGCUGCGGAGCUACGACUGGAUCGAACAUCUCGCCAAACGCGAUUUCAAGGAAGGAGGCUGGGAGAUGAUCAUGGUUGGGCUGCUGCACCAGCUGUCCAAGAAUGAGCGGCUAAAGGCCAGCUGCGAAGAGCUUCUACAACAGCUGGUUCCGAGCGACAUCGAGCCGAGCCAGGAGACGGUGCGUCAAAGAUACUCUGCCUUCGACGUCAACUAUCGCGUGCAGGCGCUGCAGAUCAUUUGCAUGCUCACGUCCGAGACCCGGGCGAUCCGCGGGUACAUGGAGGACUGCAGCGAAACCAUGACGGCGUACCGGAAGGAGAAGAUUGAGUGGCAGAGGAAGAGGAAACAAUUAAUCGAGGAGCUCAAGAGCCUCAACGACCAGCGCAAGAUCCUUCUGCCGGACAAUCUUCCUCCGAGCCCGCCUAUGGAACCUGUCAAGACCAAUGGUGAUGUCAAGAUGUCGGAUGUGGAAGAUCUGCCGGCGAACACGUCGGAUGAGGUUCAGGACUCCGAUGAUGAUGGACCACCAAGAAAACUACGGCGUGCCACGGACCGCGCCGCCGAGCGCAAGCGUAAGGCCGAAAAGGAGCAGGAACGGAAGGAAAAGGCCGAGGCGGCCGGCAAGGUGCCGAAGCAGUCCAAGCAGUUCCAGCGUGUGCUCAGGGACAUUCAGAAGAAGGAGGACGAGAUUGCCGAGUGCGAGCGCGAGAUUGCCGUCAUCGACAACGACCUCCGCGAGGCCGACUGUCCCCGCACGCGCGUUCUCGGCAAGGACCGUUUCUGGAACCGAUACUACUGGUUCGAGCGCAACGGCAUGCCCUACGGCGGUCUCCCUGACAGCUCCACUGCGUCAGCCGGCUACGCCAACGGGUGCAUCUGGGUGCAGGGGCCGGACGAGCUCGAGCGCGUGGGCUACAUCGACAUGAUUCCCGAGUACCAGGACGAGUACAAGGCCAAGUUCGACAUGACGGUGCCGGAGCGCAAGAAGCUCGAGGAGGGCGCCACGAGCGUGUUCAACGCCUGCCAAUGGGGCUACUACGACGACCCAGCGAGCGUCGACGCCUUGCUCGGCUGGCUCGAUCCGCGCGGGUUCAACGAGCUCAAGCUGCGCAAGGAACUUGUCAAUUACCGCGACAAGAUUGUCAAGAACAUGGAGAACCGCAAGGCUUAUCUCGCUCCUCCGUCCGGAAUAACCACUAAGGAAAACGGCGAAGACCCCGCCACCGCUACCUCCUCUGGGGCGGCUGCUGCUGUUGUUGCUGCGGCUUCAACAACAACUACCGGAGGCAACAAGCGGAUGAGCACACGCGGCCGAGGCGUCACGACCAUUGCCGGGCCUCCCCUUUCCGCGCCUCCUCCUCCAGAGUUGGAGCCGAAGUCGAAACCGGCGCCGGUCACGUAUCGGUGCAUGAACUGGCAGAACACCAUGGCGCUCGAGGAUAUCGGGCAUUUGCACAGCCAGGAACCGCCGUUGGCCAGGUCGAGGAAGAUGACCAAGAAGAAGCAGGAGGCUGCUGUUGUCGCUGCGGCGGCGGCGGCGGCGAAAGAGGUGGUGGAGCCUGAAAUGAUUGUCACGAGAGGGAAGAAGGGGAGGCAGAGUGCUGGUGGAAGGUGA